AUGGCGCCUAAGAGCAGGAGGAUAGUGAAGAGGAGGAGCACGAUGAGGAAACCGAGGAAAGCCCAUCACAACCAGAAGAAGGCCGCGCAAGCGCAAGCGAGCAGCCAAGAAACGCCGAGCCACGCGCCCCUCGGUUUGGCGCCCUCCGCUGCGGGCUCGGAUCAAAAGCUCGCCAAAACCGGCGGCGAUCACGACCCGACCAUCGAGAGCGCCGUCAACAUCGACUUCUCCUGCUCGACGCCGAAGGGCAAGAGGUUCCGCAUACCGAAGAUCCGGACGUGCCCGCCGGCGCCGAUGAAGAAGAGGGUCCGCGAUUCGAAUCGCUCGAGCAGCUUGCAGAGAAGUCCCAUCUCGUUCUUUGCUUCCCCAGAUAUCGAGCUCUUCUUCUUCGCUCAUCACGGCUUGUCUGUUUAA